AUGCCGUUUGUAAACAGCAGCGCGACGAACAUAACAGAAAUACUGUCGAAUUUAUUCGGCGAAAUGCUUUUAGCGUCAGAACCGGAGAAUAGUAGUAACGUUGAUGUGUCGCAAUAUCUAUCCGCAAUAAAGGAGCAUUCGUCAAAAGGCAACCCCGAGAACUUCGAUUUUGGAACAUUGAUAAAACUGGUGGAUGGUUGGAGAAACAAAUUGAACUUGACGAAAACUGUAGAAGCAAGGGCUUGCAAUUAUUGCGAAGGCAGUUUCCGAGAACUUGUAUUGGCUUACAACGGCAUUCACGGUUAUGUCAGCCUGAUCGUCUGCUUUUUCGGAAGUUUAGCUAACGCUCUAAAUGUUGCUGUGUUGACGAGACGCGAUCUCGCUGCGGCGCCCAUUAAUCGCCUGCUGAAGUGGCUCGCGGUUGCCGACGUCUUUGUGAUGGUGGAGUACGUGCCGUUCGCUGUCUACAGGUACCUUGUCUUCGACAUCCACAUGGCCGUGGUAUUAGAAACAUGGGGACCCAUGAUUCUUUAUCACGUGGACUCAGAUCACGAAGGGCAGCUGUAUCAAAUAAAUUUCUGGAUUCACGCGGUUGUCAUCAAACUGUUGCCAUGUUGUAUAUUAACGGGUAUCAGUUUGUGGUUGAUACGGGAAGUGAACAGCGCAAAUCGGCAUCAAAGAAAAAUAAGAGUUUACACCUCGUGUGUGACAAACAAAGCGGGGAGGCGACAUAACAAGGCGGACAAGCGGGCGAAUAGGACAACUAAAAUGCUAAUCGCAGUGCUGGUUUUAUUUCUUGUGACAGAACUGCCGCAGGGCAUCCUUGGACUUUUAAGCGGUCUGUUGGGACGGUGCUUUUUCAAAGGAUGCUACGAUCUAUUUGGGGAGCUAAUGGACGCUCUGGCGCUUCUGAACGGGGCUAUUAACUUCAUUCUGUACUGCUCGAUGUCUCGACAAUUCCGGAUGACAUUUCGCCAGCUCGUGUGGCGGACGCAUCUGCAUAAGUGGCCGCCACCGACCGUCUCCCAUUCCGAUGGCCUCAAUACAGCGAAAUCAUCGAUUCCG